UUAAUUAGCUUACAACUAUAAAAACAUCUCUAUGCCUUGGUUUAUUCCCCAUUGAUUUUUUUUCUCUCUUCAAAUUUAGCGUUGUGUAAUACUGAUACACUAUGGAUCAGCCCUUCAAGUAUUGUUUCAUGAUCGCCUUUCUAAUUUCAACCGUCUCUGUUGGUUUUGCACUUGACCACGCGUCUGAUGCAGCAACCCAACAAUAUUUCUGGACAACCAUGCUUCCAAACACGCCUAUUCCACAACCUUUGCUAGAUGCUCUUCUACCCAAGCCAGCACAUGAAGAUAGUAACAAAGAAUAUGAUGGGCAAGUUCCAUUGUCACAGAAGGUGGACGAGUUGGGUUAUGAGCCACCAAGCCCUGGGCCGCUUCUGAAGCAAGACACAGCCACCUCCAUCUUUAUCCUAGAGAAGGAUCUAACCCCGGGAGCCAACCUUAAGAUUCAUUUCACUAAACUAUCUCAAGCUGCAUAUCCCCCAUUUCCUAAUGGGAUCCAAUCAAUGCCACCCUUCUCUUCUAACAACUUGCCACAACUCCUCCGCUUCUUCUCUGUCAGUUCUACCUCAAAGGCAGCCCUAAUUAUGAACCAAACUCUAGCACGUUGCGAGCACCCCAACCCUAUAAACGGACUAGUACAGUUUUGUGCUACUUCCUUGAAGAAAAUGGUGACUUAUGUAACUCAAACUCUGAGGGACACCCAAAAUAUCAGGGCUGUUAGUAUGGGUGGAGUCAGAACUGAUGCUCUUAUGCCCUACAGAAUUUUGGGUGUUAACCAAAUAAUAGCUCAAGACCGGUCUUUGAUUGCGUGCCACAGGUUAAGUUUCCCGUAUGGGGUGUACUAUUGCCACCAGCCAAGGGGUGCAACCACCUUCUCAGUCUCUCUUGUCGGUGUAAAUGAUGGGGCUAAGCUUGAUGCAUAUGCUAUGUGUCACCAUCAAACAGCAGACUGGAGUGAUGACUAUAUUGCCUUCAAGGUUCUUGCUGUCAAGCCUGGGAGUACAGUGUGCCAUUUUUUCCAGCCUGAUAAUGUCAUAUUUUAUCGCGCUUCAUAGUCAUGUAACAACUGUUGUAUCACUCCCUAAACAUGAAAUAAGAUUUGCCUUAAUGGUAUACUUCUUUA